AGAGCGCGGAGCAGCGGCGGGCGCGGGCAGGAGCGCGGAGCCGGAGCUGCAGGCGCGGAGGGCGGUGGAGCCCGGAGCUCAGCGGGGUCGUGGAGGAGGCCAGGCUGCAGCCCGCAGGGGUGCGGGGCGCUCGCACCCUUGGCCCGUACCUCCCGGCUGGGAGCCGCUCAGAGCUUCUGAACACAUCCCCAGCUCGGUGAACCAGCAGUGACCCAUUUGUUUUGCCUUCUCCUAGCUCAUGCAUUCUUUGAGUCUUGGUAACUGGAAUGUUUUGUCUAGUCAGACGCAAAGCCGUCAGCGGGACAGAACCAACGCUGAGGACUCAUGACGUGUUGGCAGGAUCCUGGGAAAAAGGAGCUGCUGGGAGUGCACCUCUGAAUCAGUUGGUUCUUUUUGUCUCUGGUUUUAAAAGCUCUCUGGAAGAGACCUGAUGUCUAGAAUCUUCUAAGUAUGAACAGGGGAAUGCUGAAGUUUUGUAGUUAAAUAUGUCAAUGUCUUUAUGUUUCAAAAAGCAUUAGAAUGUCGAAGGCAAGAACCCCAGAACCCUGCCCAUCCUCCUGUGAGACCUUGAUAAUUAUCUAACAAAUCUAUCAUGCGUCCACUGGGCUGGACCAUCUGCUGGGAGAAGUUCCAGAACCCCAAGAUGCCUUGGGCUUCAUCUGCUUCCGGAAGCAUCUAGCUGUGGAGUUGGUGUCCUUUCCUGGGCACGUCUUGAGGCCUUUCUGCUGAGCUCUGUCCUGAUGUAUGGCUUUCACAGUUGUGAAGCUGAAGUAUGACUUUGUUCUCUGGAUGGGAUGAGGGUGAAGGAGUGAGCCGUGUGUGUAGAAGUCUGUGGGAAGAGAGAAACACUGAGCAUGUCGCUGCCAAACCAGUCCCUAGAAGGCCUUCCUCAGGAGGCCUCCAACAGAUCCCUGAAUGCUACAGGGGCUUGGGACCCAGAGGUCCUGCAGGCACUCAGAAUCUCCCUCGUGGUGGUCCUAUCCAUCAUUACACUGGCCACUGUCCUCUCCAAUGCCUUCGUACUUACCACCAUCCUGCUCACCAAGAAGCUCCAUACCCCAGCCAACUAUCUCAUUGGCUCCUUGGCCACCACCGACCUCCUGGUUUCUAUCUUGGUCAUGCCCAUCAGCAUAGCCUAUACCACCACCCGUACCUGGAACUUUGGCCAGAUCCUGUGUGACAUCUGGGUGUCUUCUGACAUCACAUGCUGUACGGCCUCCAUCCUGCAUCUCUGUGUCAUCGCUCUGGACAGAUACUGGGCCAUCACCGAUGCCCUGGAGUACAGCAAGCGCCGGACCGCAGGUCACGCGGCGGCCAUGAUUGCGGCCGUCUGGGCCAUCUCCAUCUGUAUCUCCAUCCCACCGCUCUUCUGGCGGCAGGCCACGGCUCACGAGGAGAUGUCUGACUGCCUGGUGAACACAUCUCAGAUUUCUUACACCAUCUACUCGACCUGUGGGGCCUUCUACAUCCCAUCCAUCUUGCUCAUUAUCCUGUAUGGCCGCAUAUACGUGGCCGCCCGGAGUCGAAUCCUGAACCCACCCUCCCUCUACGGGAAGCGCUUCACCACAGCACAGCUUAUCACGGGCUCUGCGGGCUCUUCACUCUGCUCGCUCAACCCCAGCCUCCACGAGAGCCACACGCACACAGUCGGUUCCCCUCUUUUUUUCAACCAGGUGAAAAUCAAGCUUGCUGAUAGCAUCUUAGAACGCAAGAGGAUCUCUGCAGCCCGAGAAAGGAAAGCCACUAAGACAUUGGGCAUCAUUCUGGGGGCCUUUAUCAUCUGCUGGCUGCCUUUCUUUGUGGUAUCCUUGGUCCUCCCCAUCUGCAGGGACUCCUGUUGGAUCCACCCGGCCCUCUUUGACUUCUUCACGUGGCUAGGUUAUUUAAACUCUCUCAUUAACCCCGUCAUCUACACUGUGUUCAACGAAGACUUUCGACAAGCGUUUCAGAGAGUCGUCCAUUUCCGAAAGGCCUCUUAGUCGAAUUUGGGGGUGACUCUUGUUUAUCUGUUAUGUCCUGUAACCCAGCUGGGGUUGCCUUUUUUAAUUACUGUCGUUUCUCUGGGACCUGGGCUGAUUUGUGCUAUCUUGGGUCUUGGAUUAAAUCAAUAGAUUUGUUCUGUGUUUGACUGCCAGCAUCUUCCAGACUUCUGAAUUACUGAAAGCUAGGUGCUGUGUAAAAGGCGACAGGACUGAAGACAUCCCUUAACAUAAUAUCCUCAUGGUUCUCUGGAUUGGAAGAAAUUUAAUAUGUAGGACUUAGAUGAGAAACUGUCUUAUUCUCUAGAAGGCUCGGAGGGAAGGCCUUCUGGUCUACCUGGGAUUUUACAGAGGGCUUUGGAAAAUGGGUGUGAUUAUUGACUUGAAUUAAAAGUGAAUUUGGAGUUAAAACAGAGGGGGUUGUCAUCUCCCAUAGCCCACUGAUUAGAAAACAACACCCAGGAAUUGUUUCUACUGGGUCCUGGUUGUCCAUAUGGAAAGUGAGGUUGGUGACCCAGGGUAGAUAGAGAGAAAUUCAGAAGGUGGCAGCAGGAGAGAGGUAUACGUGGGACCAGAUCAACUACUCUACAUCCUUCAUUCUUCCCUUUGUCUCUAUUAUAUAAUGUUCUGAAGUUAAAACCCGUCAUCCUGCUGCUCAAGAAGACUGACCAGUGUCGGAUGCACCAAGCUUUGAACGGAUACCUCAUUCUGCCCGUUCCGAUGUUUUUAUUUUGAAUUACUAUUUUUUUACAACCCUUGUCGGGCUGGAGAGAUGGCUUAGCAGUUAAGAGCACUGACUGCUCUUCCAGAGGUCCUGAGUUCAAAUCCCAGCAACUGCAUGGUGGCUUACCACCCUUGUCAUCAGAAUUCUUAAGAUGUUGAGUCUUACCAAAUAAAAUGCAUGGGGGACACA